CUGCAAUAGUCCCUGUCAGCAUCCCCACACCUUACCAGUGUCCCCUACUGGCCUUCACCACUAUUGGGACAUUAUUCUACACCCUCCUUACAGCACAUGGUAUAAAUAGGAGCCCAUGACUGGCAGGCUAUCAGUGUGUGUGAGCUCACUGCUUGGUUUGGAACCCGAGGUAGAGUGGGAUAGUUGAGAGGCAGGCCUGUACAGAAGGGGGCACCCCUAGGUACCCAGCGUAGGAGGAUACACCAAUAGAAAGCCAGGGGAGAGGAAAUGUCAGAAGAGGGCUGGACCUGACCCUUAUUUUGGGAUAUACCAACCGAACCGUUGACAGAUUACUCAUGCUUAUAAUCUAUCUGUCUGAGGAUAGUACUGUUACACAGAACACUCCAGACCGAUUAUAUCAUAAUAUCAUCAGCAAUCAAGAUCACUGGCGACUGAUCUGAAGAUUCUUCAGCUUAGACAUAACACCUAUAAUUAUACACGGAGGAUUUUUAUUGUGUGCCAGGCUUCCAAUUGGAAACAGUAACCAGUACAGCUACGCUGUACCUGCGAAAUUCAAAUGCGAGGAAUUAAAAAAAAGUUAUAAAUUGGCAGGUGUACUGUUCCAACUUAAACUGCUUUAAGAAAGUUUAAAGAUAUAUGAUCUGGACGUUACAUAUCUAGUGUGUGUCAGCAGAUCCUGCCAGGAAAGAGUGAUAUUAAUAUUACACGGCUGGCUGAUAAAGCUGCUUGUCAGUCGUAUCAGAGUCCUCGUGUAUCCAGGUAAGGGCUUGACAGGGAUCUUAUUCUCACCUGAACGUUUAUGAAUGAAACUAUCAGGUGCAUGCUUGUUAAUAGAUUCAGAACACUUGUAUAAAAAAAAACACCACUGCAUUGUCAACCAAUCAUAUCACUUGAAAUCUCAAUAUCUUUGGAGAAAAAAAAAUUGAUUUAUGUUUAUACACAAAACAUAAAAUUCUGCUGAUUGGUGAAAAUUGUGAAGUGGUAACAGUUUCUGUGUGGAGUAGCAGUUUAACGCUGCCUCUUUCAGGAGUUUGUCUUCUCCACGGAAGUGACUUACACUGGAGAGAUAACACAGCUAUAUUGAUCAUAACAUUACUGAAGCAUUUGUUUUGGAAAGAGGAUUUAUAUUGGAUGCACUGAUACUAUAACAGUCCGAAAUCUUCUCCCAUCAAACUUUUCAAUUUUUCUUUUAUUGUUGUUUUUUCAUACACUGGAUGUUGUCAAGUUGUAGCUAACAAAUACAAUGUCUGUUAGAUCAAACACCAGCUGACGUCAACUGUUUUAGCAAAUUAGACUAGAACAUAUAUGAUUAUCAGGUAAGUUAGUCUGCUAAAAAACAAGUGGAAUUUUGAAAAUAUUUGAGAGAGGGAAAAAAAACCCACCUAUUUUUCAUCGAUUAUCAUUACUGUGAUAACAAUACCUAAUUAAUCAAAAUGCAGAAAAUUUGGAUUCUGGUAUUGACUCUUACAGCAGUGUUUGAAAUCUGCGAAUUUAAAAAAAACAAACUUGGACGAAAAAUUAUUCGUACUCAGAGAUGUAAAUACACUUUCGUGGUCAAAGAAGUGGACGCUGGUCACUGCCCAACGUCCAUUCAACCGCCAAUCCAAUCAGAUGAUCAGCAGCUUAUGUCUGGGGAUAUGAGUACCCUUAUAAGUCGACUUCAAGAAGUGGAGAAGCAAUUGGACGGAGAAAUGAUGAAAAACAAUAAUUUAACCGAGAGUAUCUCAAAACAAGAGUUGACACUUAAGAAAGCAGAUUACAUGCUUGAACAAUAUCGGUCAAAUUUUUCUAAUCUCUUUCACAUAAUAAAUCACUUAGAGAGAAGUUUACAUACUCAGCGGUCAAGCUACAGGGACCUUGAGAAGAAGGUGUCCAGUGUUGUCCUGGAUGUGUUGGAGAUGAAUAAUAUACUGACCACUAAGGUCAGUCCAAGUGAUAACAGCAACCCCAUUCUUAAGGAUGUACAAGUGCAAAGUGUCUCCAAAAUACACAACUGUGGCCUUUCAAGUGUCGAUGCCACAUUUCGAGACUGCCUUGAUGUACUGAACCGAGGCCACACGACAAGUGGUGUGUACUAUGUAACACCUACAUACUCCUCAUGCUCUAUCCCAGUUUGGUGCGAUAUGGAAACUCCACCUGGUGGCUGGUUAUUGAUUCAAAAGAGAAAAAACGGUGCAGUUGACUUUGAUCGAUUUUGGAAUGAAUACAAAGACGGAUUUGGUAACGUGGUGUCUGAAUUCUGGAUCGGACUGGACAAUAUGUUUCUCCUGACCAAUCAGGACCACUACGAGCUGCGUGUGGACUUGUGGGAUUUUGAUGACAAUCGUGUGCAUGCUCUUUAUAAAAAUUUCAAAAUUGACGGGGAGCGCGACAAAUACCGAUUACAUAUUAGCCAUUAUGAGGGAAGUGCUCAAGACAGUUUAGAAAUGCACAAAGGUAUGAAGUUUAGCACACCUGAUCAGGACAACGAUAACUGGAAUAACUACCACUGUGCACGCGAGUGGACAUCUGGAUGGUGGUAUAACAACUGUUGGUCUGCAUUACUCAACGGACAAUAUCACAAUCGAUCUGAUGUUAAAUUCAGAGGGAUUACAUGGAAUGAUUGGAAGCACGAACAACUCGCACGAACGGAAAUGAAAAUUCGGCCUAGCAGACUUUAUCAUAACAAUACUGUGCCGCACAAGAGAUAGGAAAUGUUGACUAGUAAUAGUGAGAUUCAAUAUUCUUAGUGGAUACAUCUGUUACUGUGAUCAAAUGUUUCAAGUGUAAUAAUGACAAUGACCAAAAUCUUGGGCAGCAAAACACUUGAAGGCAAUAGAACACUAUAUGAUUGAUAUAUUCUCUAGUACUCCACAAAAGUAUUGUGUAAAACAAUGGAAAAUGCAUAGAAAUUGUUUGCACAGCUAAAUAAGACUGAUCCAAUGCUUGUUUAGUGUCCUAAGCAACGAAAAAAGAUGGUUCACAAACGAAACACUCAAGGUCAUAACAGGAGUGAACAUUAACCAAUUACAUUCAUUAUUGUUGUGCUUAAAGGCUACUGCAGCUGUGAUACAGAACCUUAUAUUUGUGUUGAGUUACUUCCGGAUAACGUACGGCACAGGACAUUUCACUGUUACCAACCAUAUUCCUAAUUCCCAUUCUAGGAAGCACCAAAACUCUGAUGAAGUUAAGGCUAUAUAAUACCAGAGUAAAUUAUCAAGGGGAAGUAACUCAAGACAUAAUUUGCAUUGAACUGACAUCAAUAGCCAAAAAUGACUAUGCUCCAUGUCUGCUUUUUAUAGCAGUAGCUAUAUACCCAAGAGUGGUGAUUUUACAAAUAUGAUAAAAAAAUCUGGUGCCAUGUAUCAAUCUGUUUAUACAAUAUUUUCUAUUAUACAAUGGCCAGUAUUACAUACUAAAGGGCAAUCACUGUAUAUGUAUGCAUGGCUGAACGAAUGUUAUUGUAUUCCAGUGGUUUGUAAAAUCAUGAACAUUGCUUGAUGACUAUUCAUGACACUCCACUUGUUAUUGGUAAUGUUCGAAUAAAGGUCAAACUAUAUUAUGUCAGGGCUUUCUCCUCCUAACUGGCUAAUAAGAAUAAGCCCCUCAAAAGUAUAUACAUAAUAUGUAGAUGGAUGUGAAAGGAGUGAAAGUUGUUUUGUAUAGAGAGAAUGUUACAAAAAAAUAUUUUUAUCUCUUUGUGAAAAUCCAUUGUGAUUUUAUUGUUUUUUUUCUAUUUAUAAGCUUAAAUAUCAAUAUAAUUCCAAUACUGAAUACAUUUUAUGUGUUUAUAAGAAAAAAGCAUUCAAUGUUAUACAUAAGAAUUGAUAUUUCUCAUUUAUCAUGUAAAUGAUGUUGUCUUCUGAUAAAUAUUGUAAAUCAAAAAUUACCAUUAUUAUUGAGAUUUGAGUGCUGGCCAUUUAAUCAAAGAGCGUCAAAUGGACUUGACUUGAACAUAUUUUGUUCCAAGGAUGUCGAAGUAAAAUGUCAAGCAACAGAAAUGGACUUCGAUGGUAUGGAGCUUUUGACUUGUGUCUAGGAUAAUCCUCGCUGUAUGGAGGCAUCUGUAGCUUUAAAGUCUCUAAAUGACGGAGCUGAUGUACAUAUAUUUAUACCUAUAACCUAGCUUGGUAACAUAAUAGUAAGGCUGAGGCAGUACAGGACUCGUCAAAUGUCAAAUCCUGGACAACUAUUUUAUAACGUGUCUUGGACAUACAAUGUGUUAAGCACAAACAAUAUAUGUCUAUAUGUCAAAUGAUUGGUUUCCAGGUCAACUGCUUCAGGGCAACUGUCUUGGACAUACAAUGUGUUAAGCACAAACAAUAUAUGUCUAUAGGACAACUAAUUUGUUUCCAGGACAACUGCUUUAAAAUGUGUCUAAGACAACUGAUUUGUAUCCAAGACAACUGCUUUGUAUUCAUGACAACUAUUUGAUGAUGUGUGUAGGUCAUACAACAUGUCUAUAAGGAUAAUUAAUUUGUAUCAUGGACAACAGUUUUACAAUGUGUCUAGGACAACUAAUUUGUAUCCUGAGGACAACAGUGCUUUUAUGUGUCUGGGACGAAUAAUUUGUAUGUGUCUAGGACAACUAAUUUGUAUCCUGAGGACAACAGUGCUUUUAUGUGUCUGGGACGAAUAAUUUGUAUCCAGGACAACAGUUUUACAAUGUGUCUAGGACAACUGAUUUGUAUCCUGAGGACAACAGUGCUUUAAUGUGUCUGGGACAAAUAAUUUGUAUCCAGGACAACUGUUUUACUAUGAGUCUUAAGACAUCUAACGCAUAUCCAGGACAACAGUGUUUCCAUGUGUCUAGAACAAGACAACUGUUUUACAUACAUAAACAUGCCUAAAACAACUCAUUUGUAUCUAAGACUGAUAAUGUAUUAAAUUUCAAAUUUUGAAUUAAAUUUAAUAUACAACAGUUAUAUAAUAGUUCCAAGAACACUGCCAUAUGAUUUUUUUCUUUAAGAAUGUAUACACAGUUAAAUGUGACACAAAUUUUACAAAACUAAAAGAGUGACUACAAGUAAAAAUGGGUACAUGGAUACCCUGGAUACAUGACAUCCUCAAUAUAUCACAUUCUCAAUAUAUCACAUUCUCAAUACACAGACACCCCGAGAUACACAGACACCUGAGAUACGUAGACGCCCGAGAUACACAGACACCUAAGAUACACAGACGCCCGAGAUACACAGAUACCCAAGAUACACAGACACCCUCAGAUACACAGACACCCGAGAUACUUAGACGCCCGAGAUACACAGACACCCAAGAUACACAGAUGCCCGAGAUACACAGACACCCUGAGAUACACAGGUGCCCAAGAUACACAGACACCCGAGAUACACUGACGCCCGAGAUACACAGACUCCCGAGAUACACAGACACUCGAAAUACACAGACUUCUUGCAUACAUCAACUUCCCAGAUGCAUCAACAUUCCAGAUACAUUGAAAUUCUGGAUACACCACAACUUGGAAAAGCUGACAUUCUUGAUACACCAAUGUCUUGACGACAUCAUGUGACUUCCUGAUACAUUGACUUGCUGGAAAUGUCCUCGAUACAAUUCUACCAUUAUCGUGGACAGAAUAUCGAGCACCAAUCACGGAAUAGUGUGAUAAGAAGUGGUCAUCAAACUAUUACCAAUGGCAAACAUGACCUCUAGUGGCCUAGGGAAUAUAGACAACUGAAAACUAUUUUUCUGUGAAAAGUAUUAAAUGGCAUAUUUUCGCAGAACAGCAGUAUCAAAUCAAAAGUGUUGCCAUGUGACUGAGACAAUCUGGUGAAGUUACUGUGGGCGAAAAACAGCAGAAAAGCAGAGAAUUAUACCUCUGUAUUAGGAUUAUACUGCUGUAAUUAACUAAGACUGGCAGUUGCCCAGACAGGUUUCGGAAUUUAUUGGUCAGUCAUAUUAUACAACUGGUGCUUCUUUAUAAGACUGACAGCUGAUUAUGUGUUCAAGUGACAAUGUUGCUAAGUGUCUUAAUCACUGCAGUGCCUGAAAUCUAUCUGCCUUUGAUCAAUGAAUGAUAUAGCUUGAUCACGGUACCUUGCAUUUGUUUUAAUGCUCUCAACUGCUAAUGUGUAAUAAACAAUUUAAAACUUG